AUGGACGCCGUCAAGGGAGCUGUCGAUGGCGUGAAGGAUGCCGUCGAGGGUGUCAAGAACAUGGCCGUCAGCGAGGCCCAGCAGCAACAGUCCCAGCAGAAGAAGCAGCAAAAGAAGGACAAGAAGAAGGGUGCACAGGAAGAGGGCGAUGCCCGUCCCCUCGAGAUGACCCCUCCUCCCUCAUACAUCGACGACCGCAACAAGAUCUUCGACAGAGUCAAGGCCGAAUAUGACCAAUGGGUUGCCCAACAGCCUCGCGACGACAUCAACAUCACCAUGCCCGAUGGUAACGUCCGUGUCGGCAAGGCUUGGGAGACCUCCCCCUCUGAGAUCACCCGCGGCAUCAGCAAGUCGCUCUUCGAGCGUACCGUCAUUGCAAAGGUUGAUGGCGAGCUGUGGGACAUGGACCGUCCUCUGGAGAAGAGCUGCAAGCUGGAAUUGCUCGACUUCGAACACCCUGAGGGAAAGAAGGUCUUCUGGCACUCAAGUGCUCACGUUUUGGGUGAGGCUUGCGAGAGAAGAUUUGGCUGCAGCUUGUGCAUUGGUCCUCCUGUCGAGGAUGGUUUCUACUACGAGAUGGCUCUUCCCAACCAGGAGCCCGUCCUGGAGUCUGACUGGAAGCCCCUGGAGAAGGUCGCCGAGAAGGCAAUCAAGGAGAAGCAGACUUUCGAGCGUCUCACUCUGAAGAAGGAGGACCUGCUUGAGAUGUUCAAGUACAACAAGUACAAGCAGCACAUCAUCCAGGACAAGAUCCCCGAUGGCACCAGCACCACCGUCUACCGUUGCGGCCCUCUGAUCGAUUUGUGCAGAGGUCCUCACAUUCCUCACACUGGCAGAAUCAAGGCCUUCCAGAUCAUGAAGAACUCUGCUUCUUACUUCCUCGGUGAUGCCAAGAACGACUCUCUUCAGCGUAUCUACGGUGUCUCUUUCCCCGAUAAGGCUAUGAUGGUUGAGCACAAGAAGUACCUCGAGGAGGCCGCCAAGCGUGACCACCGCAAGAUCGGCAAGGAGCAAGAGCUCUUCUUCUUCCACGACAUGUCUCCCGGUUCAUGCUUCUUCCUUCCCCACGGUAUGAUCAUCUACAACGCUCUCCAGAGCUUCCUCCGCAACGAGUACUGGAGCCGUGGUUACCAAGAAGUCAUGUCUCCCAACAUGUACAACUCUGCUCUCUGGAAGCAGUCUGGUCACUGGCAACACUACAAGGAUGACAUGUUCACUUUCGAGGUUGAGAAGGACCAGUGGGCUUUGAAGCCCAUGAACUGCCCUGGUCACUGUCUGCUCUUCUCCCACCGUGAGCGCAGUUACAGAGAACUCCCCAUGAGAAUUGCCGACUUUGGUGUUCUCCACCGUAACGAGGCUUCUGGUGCUCUUACUGGUCUUACCAGAGUCCGUCGUUUCCAGCAGGACGACACCCACAUCUUCUGUACUGAGGACCAGGUAGAGUCUGAGAUUCUUGGUCUCUUCGACUUCCUCCGUACCGUCUACGGCAAGUUCGGUUUCACCUUCAAAAUGAAGCUUUCUACCCGCCCUGAGGGUCACCUUGGUGAUGUUGCCACCUGGGACAAGGCUGAGGCUCAGCUUACCAAGGCUCUUGACGAGUUCGUCGCUGGUGGCGGUUCCCAGUGGGAGCUCAACCCUGGUGAUGGUGCCUUUUACGGUCCCAAGAUCGAUAUCACCAUCUCAGACGCCCUCAAGCGUGAGUUCCAGUGCGCUACCAUCCAACUCGACUUCCAGCUUCCUCAACAAUUCAACCUUGAGUACCGCAGUGCCGAGGCUGGUGAGGCCAAGGCCAAGGGUGAGGAGGUCAAGGCUCCUGUCCUUGAGCAGAAGCCUGCUGAGGCUGCUCCUGCUGCCGAGGGCGAGAAGGGCGAGAAGAGUGCUGCCAGCUACCGUCGCGAGUUGACUCCUGGCUGCCAGCGCCCUGUCAUGAUUCACCGUGCUAUCUACGGUUCGUUCGAGCGUUUCAUUGCCAUUCUCACCGAGCACUUUGCCGGCAAGUGGCCAUUCUGGCUCUCUCCCCGCCAGAUUCUCAUCGUCCCCGUCAUGCCCGCCGUCAACGACUACGUCGAGGAGCUGCAGGCUUUGUUCCGCGGCAAGGGUAUGCACGCUGACAUUGAUAUCACCGGUAACACCAUGCAAAAGAAGAUCCGUACUGGUCAACUGGCUCAAUACAACUUCAUCUUCGUUGUCGGUGCCCAAGAGAAGGAGUCUCGCACUGUCAACAUCAGAAACAGAGAUGACCCCGAGACCCAGAAGUUGGGUGAGCUCAUUCCUCUCGAUGUCGCUGUCCAGAAGAUGGAGGCUUUGAGAGAUGAGAGAAAGCUCAAGACUGAGCUGUAA